AUGGACGAAUCACUCCGAGUCAGUGAGCUAAUUUUCACCCAUCAUGCCAACUAUGGUCGGAGGGAUCGUCCAACAUGCGUUUCACUCUUAGCAAAUACAUCUGACUGUUUCUACCCCCAGACCUAUAACGUACGCUCCAGGUGCAGUGGGAAGAAGUCUUGCAAGCUAAGAGCUUCAACUGAGGUUUUCUCUGAUCCUUGCGUAGGCGUCUCCAGAUACUUGGAGGUGACUUAUAGCUGUACCGAAUAUAAGAUUAGGUAGGUGAAGGCGAUUCGUUGCUCUAAUAAUACAAACAUUUAAUGCAUUUCAGAGCGUAAAAACAUACGGGAUGCUCUGAUUGACUAAAUAAACACUAAAUAAAUACUGUGUGUUCAUUUUGAAGCACAUUCAGCUACUUUGCAUAAUGGCAUAGGGGUGGCAUACGUGUCUGGCUAAGAACUUUUUUUUUUUUUUUUUUAAAAUGUAAACGUACAAUUCUUA